AAAAGAAAUUCUUUCAAAUUCGAGUACAAAAAAAAAUCGAACGAAAUUUUGCGUUUGAACGUCCGACAGUUUGGCGCCAAAAAAUGAACGUAUCGCGCAUACGCGAUUUGAGUUUUGAGAGGAAAAGUUCUGUGUAUUUCGGAGUUUCAGCUGAAAAAUUUAUGUUGUUCUGUGACUGACGUAAUUAUUAGAGAAAAUGGACUUUCAAAAUCGCCCUGGGGGUAAAACGGGUGGUGGAGGUGUGGCCUCGUGGUCGGAGAGUAAUCGGGACCGUCGAGAGCGUCUCCGUCAGUUGGCCCUCGAGACAAUAGACUUGAAUAAGGACCCCUACUUUAUGAAAAAUCACUUGGGCUCGUACGAAUGCAAAUUAUGUCUCACACUCCACAACAACGAGGGGAGUUACCUGGCCCACACCCAGGGAAAGAAGCACCAGGCGAAUUUGGCAAGGCGAGCUGCCAAAGAGGCGAAAGAGGCACCUCAGACCCUCGCCCCUGAGAAACCAAAGGUCGAGCCGAAAAAAUUUGUGAAAAUCGGAAGGCCCGGAUAUCGAGUCACGAAACAGAGGGACCCAGAGACAGGACAGCAGAGUUUACUGUUUCAGGUGGAUUAUCCUGAAGUCGCUGACAACGUCAUCCCCAGGCACAGGUUUAUGUCAGCUUAUGAACAGAGAGUGGAACCACCUGAUCGUAAAUGGCAGUAUCUUUUAUUCGCUGCUGAACCUUAUGAAACCAUUGCCUUUAAAGUUCCCUCCAGGGAGGUGGAAAAAGCGGAGGGAAAAUUCUGGACUCACUGGAACAAGGACACGAAGCAAUUUUUCUUGCAAUUCGCAUUCAAAAAUGAAAAGCCCUCAGUUGGAAAAGUACCACCACCUCCUGUGCCCUUGAUCCGAGGUGGAAUGCAACCACCAAUGAUGCCAGUACCCCCUCCUCCCAGACCUCCAAUGUUCCACGCUGUUCCACCCCCUCCUCCAGCCCUUCUUGCAGGGGGUAUGCAAAUCCCCCCACCACCCCCACACGUCGCAUAAAUUAAUUUGUAAUGCACACUGAAAAAAAUCCAUCUCUGCUCAUUGAAUUUACUUCACCCUAUCAAUUUUUUUUAAUACGAUAAUUUAAAA